UCCAAGCGCCCUUCUCCUCAGCUUUCCCCUUCCCGAAGGUUCGCACCGCUCUCUUCCUCCUCCUCGUCCCAUUCGCCGCCGCCGCCACCCCCUUCUAGAACCAUCCAGAGGCGAGCCGGAGAGGCGCGAGAGCGGUGGGGGGCAUGGCGACGCAGACGGGGGUCGCGGCCUCCAAGGUCCUCAUCCUCGUCAGCGCAGGGAUGACGGGCUCUAUCCUGCUGCGGAAUGGAAAAUUGUCUGAUGUAUUAGGGGAACUCCAGGAGAUUAUGAAGGGUGUAAACCAAGGAGCUGCUUCUGGCCCCUAUGACAUUGCCCUUAUUCAAGCUCAGAUUCGGAAUUUAGCCCAAGAAGUCAGGGAUUUGACAUUAUCAAGGCCCAUUACCAUACUGAAUGGCAAAUCUGACUCAGGAGGUGGUUUAUCAUCCUACAUACUACCAGCAGCUGCAGUUGGAGCAAUGGGUUAUUGCUAUAUGUGGUGGAAGGGAUUGUCUCUCUCAGAUGUUAUGUUUGUCACAAAACGCAAUAUGGCUAAUGCUGUUCAGAGCAUGUCAAAGCAGUUGGAGCAAGUUUCAUCAGCAUUAGCUGCAACAAAAAGACAUCUAACUCAACGGCUUGAGAAUUUGGAUGGCAAAAUGGAUGAACAAGUAGAGGUCUCCAAAGCCAUUAGAAAUGAGGUCAAUGAUGUUAAAGAUGACCUGUCACAAAUUGGAUUUGACAUUGAAGCAAUUCAACAAAUGGUUGCUGGAUUGGAAGGAAAGAUCGAGUUACUUGAGAAUAAACAGGAUGUGGCUAAUACUGGUAUAUGGUACCUCUGCCAAGUAGCAGGUGGUAUAAAAGAUGGAAUAAACACCAAGUUUUUUCAGGAAGCCACUGAAAAGCUCAAGCUUUCACAUCCAGCCCAACCUGAAACCAAACCUGUGAAGGGACUUGAAUUGUUUUCGGAGAGCGCCAAGGAACACAAAGUAGCUGACUCCAAGCCAAUUAUGUUCAAAAGCGACGCUGAGAAUGAAAAGCCCACGAAAACCACCGCUGUGAAGGGCGCCGCGGUGCACAGGUCUAUCAGGUUCUCAUUUCACAAGGAAGGCCUUGCUUUGUGAUCAAAUCCUCUCCUCUUGAGAUGUACAUUGCCUUCUUGGUCGCUUUGUCUGAUGGUCAGAAAACAUAGAAGAAUAACCUGCAUCUGGAGUGCCUGAAUUUUUCCGGAGUAGACAGGUGUGAGGUAUUUGGCCUGAUUUGAAAAUACCUCCCGUUCCUCUCAUUUUUCAUUUUUCAUUUUUCUUUCUUGGAUUUUGAUUCAUUUUAUGGUUUGAUUUGAUGCUUUGAUUGCUUUAUACAAAUUGAUUGUAAAGAAUAAGUAAAGCACAGUUUUUUUGGUCAAAUUGUGGAGAAAUUACUUCCACGCAUCAGUUGACGUGGCCAAACA